AUGAAUUUCAAGACAUCCGCGACACUUAUGUUGGAUGUGCAGUUAUAUUUAAUUUCAUGUGUAUUUGCUGCAAGGGCUGAUGCAACAAAUUUGAAGAGAGUACUUAGUGCUUUGGAGGAUCCUAAAGCAGUGCUCGAUGCUACUUGUGUUCUGUGGCCUGAACUCUCUGAUCCAGGACCACUGGAAUUUAUAUUCAGGACAGAAAGAUCCGAUUUUUCCAGUCAUGAUGAACUACUUGUAUCAGUAUUAGGGUGCGAUAAGCAGUUAAUCUGUAUCACAGAGAUGGACAGUGAUUCAAUCCAUGACCGUUACACAAUCACUAAAAAUUAUGUGAAAAACUCUCUGCAGGCAAUUGAAAAGAACAGUAGAUUUGAGCUUGAGAAUUUCGAAUCACACUGGCUCAGAAACCGUACAAUUCUAUGUGAUAACAUGAAGCCUGAAAAUACUGCCUUAUACAAGCCACUUUGGCAAGCUGUAAUGGAUAAUAACAUCGAAUUCACUAAAUGGGUUAAAGGAGUAGUAGAGCCACUGAUUCAUAUGAACUCUAGAUUAGGUAACUUCAUUAAAAUUAAAGAUUUCGAAAAGAUGGAUGACGUGGAAAUUUUUAAAUUGAUGCUCGAUGAUAAAAGUGGUCUACAUACUAGAACCACAAUAACUAGAGAGAUAAUUCCUUACAUCAAGUUUACUGAUACCUAUGACAUAUUUCUGGAGACUGUUUUCACAGUAGAUUUUUUCUCGUUUGAAUCUUACGAAAACUUUAACUUAUUCAGGCAAUUAUACACUGCAUUAAGAGACUUAUCAUCAGAAACCUUAGAAGGACAUCUACAGGAGAAAUCAUUAGUAAUAAUUUUUGAGAACUCAUCCCGUUUCCUGCGAGUAAGUUCUUUAGAUUCACUCAGGGAUUUUCUUCAGAACAUUGAUGACAAUGUUCCUGCCGGGAAACACGAUCUGACUGCAGGCGCCAUAAAAUUAUAUUUGACAUAUAUGGAUACAAGUUUAUCAGGCUAUGACUUGAAAAGUAUUUUUGCUAUCACACAAGAAGAGGAAUCGGCUCAAGCAGCUCAUUUUGCUUCUAUGAUAAAAAAUUUGAUAUCACAAAUACAUAGCAAUCCACAUGCCGCCAGUAUGAUCUUUCAAGUAAUGGACUCUUCCACAGUUGGAAAACAAGAAAUUUUCACUCAUUUGUCAGGAAAGGAGAAAACUUCUAUCCUGAUCGAAACUGCUCUUGAGUUGGGUGACUUUGACUUAUUGCGUCAAUUUAUAAUCAGAUAUAACUCUGUGGUGAAGGAAGAUGUCCUUUUGAAAUAUUUCUGGCACUUCUUCAACAAUGCUUCAAAUGGUUUAAGCUCAAGACCUGAAAUAAUGAAGGCAGAAAAAACACUUGACCUGCUACUUCAAACAGACUCGACUAAAUAUGCACAUUUGAGGGUCCUACUGCAAGUCGCAAAUGAACUUUCCCAAUAUUCAUUAAACUUAGGAAAAGGAGUUCCAUUUAAACCGUCUGAUAUUCUAAAUUAUACUUCAAGGCCGUUCGAUCUAAUAAGUUUACUGCUUGAACUGAAUCAAGGCCUUUACAAAGAUUCGUAUAAAAUUUCAAUUCUGUUGCGAAACCUAAAGAUAGCGUUUAAAACUUCCAACAAUGGUAAUGAUAAAAUUGUCAAAGAGGAACAUGCGAGACUUUUAUCUCUUCAGAUCGAUCACUCAUUGGUAAACAUGGAUUUUCUUUUCGCAAUUGAAAAAACGAAAGAACUUCUUACGUUGGAUGACAGUAAGCAGUACUGGGCUACUAUUUUUCAGGUUGCUAAGUUUAUGAAUCCAAAUUGGAAUGAUGGGGAAAUACCAACGGAAAUACUCGUUUUUCAAUUAGAAAUUACCGGAGAGCUUCUACAUUUCUGUCCUAUAGAAGAAAUAGAAGCCGUGAUAUCGCAUUGGAGCACAUUGGAACUCGAGCUUAUGACAAGAGAUUUGAUACAAGAUCCUUACUCUUUGGAAAGGCAAAAGGGAUCUGAAAAUUUUCUUAACUUUGAAACCGCCAGCGGAAUAUCAAGCACGCUAUCUCGUCUACUAUCUGGAAGUAAUACUUUUUAA